AUGUCCCAUCCCUUUCAUCCCCACUCUUGGAUGCCCCAUGUCCCAUCCUUCCUUCUUGUUAUCCUCCAUCCUCAAUUACAUUCCUUUCUGCCUUCAUGUGCUCUUCCAUUGCCCACCAUGUUCCAUCCCUCUUUAUUCUCCUCGUUCAUCACCCACCUAACCCAACCCAGACCUCCUUUCUGUGCUCCUCCAUCACCUACCCAUCCCAUUCCUCCUUCCCUUGCUCCAUCACCCACCAUAUCCCAUCCCUUUUCCUGUGUACCUCCAUCCUUCAUGUCCCACCCCUCCUUCUGCUGCUCCUCCAUUGUCUACCCAUCCCAUCCCUCCUUCCUAUGCUCCUGUCACCCACUGUGUCCCAUCCCUCCCUGCCAUCCUCUUCCAUCACCCACCACGUCCCAUCCUUCCUUCCUGUGCUCCUGCAUCCUCCAUCAUGUCCUAUCCCUUCUUGAGCUCCACUGUCACCCACCACCUCUCAUCCCUCCCUGUUCUCUUCCACCCCUUCACAUCCCAUCCCUCCUUCCACACUCCUUCCAGAAUGUGCUGUCAUCCACUGUGUCCCAUCCCUCCCUUCCAUGCCAUGCUCCUCCAUUGCCCACCAUGUCCCCUCCCGCCCUCCUGUGCUCCUGCAUCCUAUAUUGCAUCCUAUCCCUCCUUAUUGUUCUCCAUCACCCACCACACCCCAUCCCUUCUUCCUGUGCUCUUCCAUCAUCCACCACCUCCCAUCCCUCCUUCCUGUGCUCCUCCAUUGCCCUUCAUAUCCCACCUUCCUGUCUUCCUGUCACACUUGCAUCCCAUCCGUCUCACCUGCUCCUCCUUCAUCCACCAUGUCCCAUUUGUUAUCCUCAUCCUCCUCCCACCAUCUCCGCAUGUCUUCUUUCUCCACCUCCACCCUGUCCCAUCCAUCCUCAUCCAGCUUUGCCUCCAGUUGCUCUUUUCCUUUCAUAUCCCUCCUUAUGUCAAAAUCUCACCAUCCCUUCUGAUCCUCCAUCAGCUCCCACCAUUGUUCUGUCCUCCUGUACAUCUUACCAUCUUCUUAUCCAUGCUUAUCCUCCAUUAGUUCCCACCAUCACCCCAAUCUGUUUCAACAUCCUUCACUUCUCAUCUUCUCCCCAUCUUUCUUCAUCCUCUUCUACCUCCUCUUGUCUCCUCAUCGCCCUCACCCUCCUCCACUUCCCCAUCCCAAAAUCCACCCUAACCUCCCACCAUUGCUCCAUCCCUCCGGCUGCCAACAUUGCCCAAUCCCGCCUCCUCCUCCUCCACCCCCACAUUUCCAAUCCCCUCCUUGUGUUUCUCCAUUUCCCACCAUCUCCUCAUCCAUCCUCCUCCAUUGCCCCCUAA